AUGGCGGGAGAAGACGCGGCGGCAUGCGCGCCCCAGGUUGACGGGCACGCGCCGCGGGACGCCGCCUCGUUCGACGAGGAGACGCGGGCCCUCAUCGCGCCCGACGCCGGGAGCCUCCCGGCGGCCCCGCCCUCCGCCGUCGAGGCCAACUUCGCGCGCUACUUCGUCGCCGAUUAUCUCAACCCAGGACAUGACCAGUUUGUGUACCGACAUCCAAACGGGUUGUGCGUGGUUGGUUUAGCUCCAGCCCAUGUUGCACUGAAAGAGGAAGGGGGGAUAACUGCUAUUGACUUCAAUGUUGGGAAGACAGAUCGCAGUGAGAUAAAAGUCACAGGGAAACGCAAAAGGAAUGCACAACAUUUGCAAGAAAAUUCAGCAUUAUGUAAAGUCUGCACAAAGGAUAAAACUUUUGUGGUGAGGUGUUGCGUGAAAGGGCAGCUUUUGGAGAUUAAUGAUAGAUUGAUGAAACAACCCGAUCUGCUUAAUACCUCUGCCGACAGAGAAGGAUACAUAGCAAUCUUCAUGCAGAAACCAGCUGACUGGCUCAAAGUGAAGGAUAAAUUUCUUAGCUUUGAGGAGUACAAGAACUUGAGAGGAAUCUGCUGA